GUGCGUGUGACCAGCCCCCCUCCUCCUCCUCCUCCUCCUCUACCGGGGCACAUUGCAGUGGUCCAACUACAGACAGCUGUUCGGGGCGGUGUGCAAACAUUCAGCCGUUGGGUGUCUGUCUUCGCUCUGCGGCUCCUCCGCACACACACCAGCGGCGGGUGGAGUGUCUGCCGGUCCGUCCGUGUUUCCCCCCCCCCACCCUCCCUCCCCCGGAAGAGAGGGGUGCGACACAUGGGACACAUCACAGGCCAGCAGCUGAUUCCCGUCGCUCCUCUCGCGCAGAAGCCUCCCUGUUCAGACAACCGUAGGUAGAGGAACGAAGAGGCGCUCGCGCGUCCGAACCGGGACGUCCCCUCUGGACCCCCCGCCCCCCUCCCGACUGGAACCGCCGCGUUUGAGGGACUCCCAACCCCGCCCUGGUGGGACGCUGAGCCCAGUGACUGGCGGCUGGCUAAGGGUCCCGUUGGUGCUGGGGGGGCCUCCUCCCUGGUACUCACCCUGCCACCUGAUUGCGCGCCGUCCCCCCACUGCGACGGCUGCCAUGGCAAUGAGCAGCGACCCCGGCCGCGCGAGGCCGAACCCCGAUUCCGACAAACAAACCGGCAGCCUCACGGACAUCAUGGCUGCCAUGACGACCGAUGACGCUGACGUUUCAGCCGCCAACGGGCUGAGGAAUGGCGGGACUCAGCAGGACGGCGCUCAGGUCAAGAGGACCCGUGCAAUGCGGCCUCACCUGACCGGCAGGAAGUUGUCGUUGCAGGAGAGAGGCACUUACCGGUCAUCGGGGCCCGGAGGAGGAUACGCGCACAUUUCCCCUCGUGGGGCUCGCAGGCCCACCGUGGAGUCUAAACGCGUGUCCAUAUCAGACGCUCAGGACUGCAUCCAGUUGAACCAGUAUAAGCUGAAGAGUGAGAUUGGAAAGGGGUCCUACGGUGUGGUCAAACUCGCCUACAACGAGGAUGAUGACAAACACUACGCUAUGAAGUUGGUGUCCAAGAAGAGGUUGAUGAAGCAGUGUGGUUUCCCACGUCGACCACCCCCAAGGGGACCCAAAGCGGCCCAAGGAGAGCAGCCAAAAGUCUUAGGACCCCUGGAGAGAGUCUACCAAGAGAUUGCCAUCCUUAAAAAACUGGACCACGUCAACAUUGUGAAGCUGGUGGAGGUGCUGGAUGACCCAGCGGAGGACAACCUUCACAUGGUGUUUGAGCUGAUGCCUAAGGGUCCAGUGAUGGAAGUACCCUCGGACAGUCCUUUCACAGAAGAGCAGGCCAGGUUAUACUUCAGAGACAUCAUCCUUGGCAUGGAGUACUUGCACUACCAGAAGAUUGUCCACAGAGACAUCAAGCCUUCUAACCUGCUACUGGGGGACGAUGGCCAUGUGAAGAUAGCCGACUUUGGGGUUAGCAACCAGUUUGAGGGCAACGACGCUAUGCUGUCGAGCACCGCUGGGACCCCUGCAUUUAUGGCACCGGAGACCCUGUCAGACGCGCGGAAGAGCUUCAGCGGAAAAGCACUGGACGUGUGGGCCAUGGGGGUCACCCUCUACUGUUUCGUCUUUGGGAAGUGCCCAUUUAUUGACGAGUUCAUAUUGGCUUUGCACAACAAGAUAAGGACCGGGCUUGUGGAUUUCCCAGAAAUGCCAGAGAUCAGUGAGGAGCUGCGGAGCCUGAUCUUGCGGAUGCUGGACAAGAACCCAGACACUAGGAUCACCAUCCCUGAGAUCAAGAUGGACCAGUGGGUGACCCAGUUAGGCACAGACCCCUUGCCCCUGGAGGAGGAGCACUGCUCUGCGGUGGAGGUGACUGAGGAGGAGAUCCAGAACUCCGUAAAGUUUGUCCCCAGCCUCUCGGCCGUGAUCUUGGUGAGAGCCAUGCUAAGGAAGCGAUCCUUCAGCAACCCCUUUGAGUGUCCCAGCAGGAGAGAGGAGAGGUCUAUGUCUGCGCCCGGCAGCCUGCUCAUGGACUCUUGGCCCUUCCGGCCCUCUUUAAAACUGCACCCCUCCCUCAGAAAGAGCAGCACGGGAGACGGACCCAGAGACGGAGAGCUGGAGGACCUGCACGAAGACGAGCCCGCCUCAUGAGACCUCCCACAGAGCUUUGUCCCCUUUACCCGUGUGUCCCCCCUUCCAUCCACCUGUUAAUCAAAUCAAUGACGCUGGACAGACUGAUGGUUUGGAAGACCCGCUUCAUGGCUUUUGUUUACGCUCCAACUCUGCUCGGCAUCUUUUAGCGUCCCUGCCCUCUCCCCAUCUUACUCCCCACUUGUCCGCUGAGUUGGAUCCACAGUAUUCGCAGCGCAACCCUUUACUGAUGUGACUGGCAUCAGUGAACCAAGAAGAGGAACUCUGCAGCGGGCAUUACACUGCAAUGCUCCAACACUCUGGAGCUCAGAUAUUUAUUUCUUUUGAUAUUUCUGCAUGAAUGACCAGUCGGGCCUCAUCAUCUGACUGCUUCGUGCCAGCUGUCCCAGUCAGAGCCGGCUAGAAAGAGCGUGGCCCAUCACAAACAUGUUAAUUAAACUAUUAUCUGUUCAGUACACCACGGGUGGGUGGGUGGGGGGGGGGGUUGAUAUUGCACAUAAAUGUCUCGAGGUGUCGUCAAUGUUAUCGUCUCACUGUGUUCGUGCCAUCGGUAGCUUUUUACUUUGGUGCUGAAGAACUUCACGGUCCUCUCGCCUGACUGGGUGAACUUCUCUGACCGGAAGGAAGAAGGAAGCCAGCUGUUGAAGAGAGGAUGGCUCAUUUGAACAGGCUCUGGUCGCGGUGUAAUGUGCAACCGCUUCUGUGUUCAAAGUUGUUUUGCACUCUCGACUGCCUGCGGAUUCAUGCUCUGUAACGUGUCUCUUCCUAUCUCGCACUACGGUUUGAUUCGGUUUAUUGCGAGAGAAACCGCAGCUUUUGGAAGUGAAUGUCGUAAAGCAAGAGAAGAAAAAGGAACACAAACUACUAUUGCAUAUCUCUUUCAAUAUUUUCUCUUAAAAACUAGAAUGCAUUAUUACACAACAGUCUUGUAUGCAGAGCUCAUUUGAAGGCACGAAUAAUCUCAUUGUCCAGGAUAAACAUCAAUGAGUGCUCUUCCACGAGAAAUUCAUAAAACUCCUCCAGGUAAAGGAGGCCAUGGGGGGGGGUAAAGCAGCGAAGCUCUACUCACCAUACAUACAUACUUUUUCAGGGUUACUGAAAAAACGACUCCAACUCAACCGAACCGGGUACAAACCGAACACGGAGGGAUCGGCACAAUGUGAAUGAGAAAGCCUUUCACGUGCUGCUAUUGGCAUUGUGUGGCGCCGGGGAAUGUAAAAGCUUUACUCGUUUUGAUUUGAUUGUUCAGUAAGAGUCUGUAAUGUGUUUUAUAAAGGGAUGAAUUCCUGUGUGAAAUGAUGUGUCUGCAUGUCGGAAAGGAAUCAUUGACUGAUGUUGGCCCUUCUCUGUGCUGAUGACCACGUCGGCGAAAGGAGGCACUGAGCGCGGUUUAAGCUCCAAAGACUAUGGAAUGGUUUUGCCAUUCUUAUGAGCGCGUGGCCAUCUUGACGUUAAUGUGUCUGACGUUGGUCAGAGUGCAGUAGUGCUGUCGUCUUUGUCCUCUGUGUAUAUCCGGCAUUCCUCUGCUUUUAUGUUUUCAAGUUGACCAUGUUGAAAAACAACUGAAACACUGUUCAAUAUUUGCACUUUUCCACUGCUCGAUAAACAUUUUACUUAUUCAAUAUUUGCACUUUUCCACUUCUAGAUACAUAUUUAAGUUAUUCUUGUUAUAUAUGUAUAUUACUGUCUAACAUUGUAAAGUUUCUGUGUGGCUCACCUGUAAAGACCGUGUUGACUGUGUAUCUGUCUGCUCUCAGUCUCCUGUGCUAUUGUUCAGAAAUCUGCAUUUGGAAGCAUUGGUACUUUUUUUUUGUUGAUAUUUUCUUUUUUAUAAACUCAAUUAGCAACUCUUUCUCCCUUCUGGGAUAACCUGCUGCUUCAGCUGCAGUGACCAGAUUUUACAUAUCCGUGUGACGAUAGAAUGGCUACAGUUAUUCAAAGCUUUUAAACCAAUUUCUAUUACAUUUGGUAAAGAAUUAUAUUGGCCAUUUGGAAAGCUGCAAAAGCACUGCUAAAAAUGGGGCUACACUACAUUUUUUUAAAGAAUCCAGUCAUUUUGAGCUCUUGAACAAUUAGUUGUGACCGUGUUUGAAUGGCUCAAUGUAUCAGCAUAACCGUCACCUUUUGGUAUCCGAUCUGUCCAGAUACAAAUGAAAUACACAUUCAAUUAAAUCGUGGAUCCUUGAGAAAGCCCUCGCUUAGUGCCGUAAAUGUGGUAACAAAGAAAGAAACGUAUGAGUUAGUUGCACCACAAGAAACUUUCAUCAUUUCAGGUCCUAGUUCGAUCCAAAGGAGUGUGAGAGAGUGAGUUUGUACGUGCCGCUUGUGUGCUUGUGUGCCUGCAGCUUUUUGUUGUCUUGUGCAUUUCUCUGUCCUUGUGUCGCUUGCAUGGCACGUCUCUUUGGAAUGCACUUGUUACAAUGUAAAUAUGUACCAAUAUAUAUAAAGAAGCAAUUUUUUGCAUGCUUUUUGUACACCUGGAGAUGAUGAAGACAAUAAAAAAGAACAUCUGAAUUCUCUUAA